GCACUCUCUUCCUUGCAUUUUUUACCUCCAAUAAUUAUGUCACUCGACUCGUAUUUUACUAUGAAAAAAAAUCACUCCCAAUUAUAUGAACUAUAGUUCGCCUCACAAAGAGUCUAGCGUCUAGUUCUAGCGUCUAGGAUCACUGAUGAAUUUGGCUGAAGGCGGCCACCGUCCUGACCGUUUGACCGAGACAAGCAGAUGUCCUCUCCCCCACACGCCUGUCAGGUUUUGCUAUGUUAUGGUACUCCGGCUACGAGGCACUAGCAACAUUUCUCAAGUUUAUUUCUAUUUCAGUUCCAAUAAUAAGUAGGCCGAGCUCUUUCAGAGAUAGAAAUGUCGGAUCAGGUGAAACACACGACAAAUUAAGCAGUCGAUUUGAUUAUAAAUUACUUUGUGAAAGCACUCGAAAGUACAAGCCUGAUCAAGCUUUGUAAAAUAACCUUGCGUUUACCAUUUGCACUUUUAGUUUAUUACAACCAACCUGAAACACCUCGGGAAUGUUUAGGAUUUUGUUGCGCUAUAAUUUACAGACCUGUUGUCAACUAGAUUAGUCCACAUAGGAUUUACAAACUUUCGGAAAGCCUUAUUAGCCUGCAUCCAACACAUCUGCCUGUGAUUAAAUGUAGCCAACUUAAAGAAGUGGCACUGAAAAAGAGAAACCUACUUUUUGUUAAUUUAUUCUGCACUGACUUGGGUACACUCUCCAUUACAAUGUCUACUACAUCUGAGAAUUGCAAUUAAUACGAUUUCCAAAUAGUCGAGGCAGAGAGGUGGGUGUACUGAGAAAAAAAAGAUGUGGGAGAUCUUUACCUUUUUACACACACAGCUCAUAGCGGAAUCCGCAGGUAGCCUACUGCUCAAAAGGGUGAAGUGUCUUUCGCCGCAAGUGCUGUUUGCCCCAAUAGACACUGCAAGCAACCAGCUCCUCCUCUAGCCUUCGCCCUCUCUCUCACUAGAUUCCUGAGACUACACCAAAAGGAGAAUUGCAGUAGAUAGGCUACGAAAGCAUCUACUCUGAAUCCUCACUACCCUUGAACAUGUAACGUAUAACAAGUAGCCUACGGGUUUGUUUAAGCGAUAGGCACCACUCAACUUCCUUACGCCCCUUUCACACUCCAUAAUAUGUUCCAUUAACGGCAGCGUGUGGAGGUUAGUAUCGUUUAAAAUGUCUCCAUGAGAACAACUGUGACAGGUGAGACACUGCAGAAUUCCUGAUACCCAGCAUGAUUCCGGAAAAAGGUCAGGUGGAUUCCACGAGCAAUGAAUAAAUUACAAAACAACACUUGUGUCGCGUCUGAGUCAAGGAAAUGGCAUUCACAGUGUCCACGCUUUUAUUCCAAGAGGUUCGCUAGAGGGAGCACUGCCUCAGAGGAACAACUGGAAAUACUGUCCGCCAGCGCCGUCCCAUGGACGCCAGGAACAUGUCUUUGCCAUGCUGCCUCCGCCUGGGUCAACGAGUCUCACUCACCCAUAACUUUAGGCAUCCUGACAAGAGUUUCACUGGACCUGGUCGUCGCUCGCUGGUGUGAGGACACCUUCUACGAAGAGGGCACCUGGGCCCUGACGGUCACGAUGGACUUGGUACAACAAAUCAUCCUAAAGACGGACUACCACUUAACCCAAGCACAGAGCUACCCACACUGCCCUGACACUCAGCCCUCUGCAGUGGCCGGCGCUCCAACAUUGGGAACAUGGACUGUGAGCCUGACAGUGACCCCUAUGGAACACUCUCAUGACCUGUCAAAGUUCUGCUUUGGUAGCACUUGGAGACUGAUAUCAUGGCUGGAUGUACUAUUUCACCAUUGGGCCUUCACCAUGGCAAUGCAGGAUUGUUGAUUCCCACCAGCUCUAUGGGUUGGAAUGGUGAAGCGGCUAAGGAAUGAACUGGGAUGGUUCCAUCCUCACCCAGACCAGUGCCCCAUCCUCACCCAGACCAGUGCCCCAUCCUCACCCAGACCAGUGCCCCAUCCUCACCCAGACCAGUGCCCCAUCCACGGAGCCCUAAACAGUGCACUCUGUACAGUAGGGUCAGACCCUUUCCUGUAUCUGGAAACACUCUGUGUGAAUAUGUUCUCCCUAUGUGUAUGUAUAUGUG